AUGGUCUACAACAAUGAAAUCGUGGGGAAGGGAAGAAAUGAAGUGAAUCAAACCAAAAAUGCUACUCGACAUGCAGAAAUUGUGGCCAUUGAUCAAGUCCUAGAUUGGUGUCAACGAAAUGGCCAGAGUCCUUCUGCCGUGUUUGAACGUACCGUGUUGUAUGUCACUGUGGAACCCUGCAUUAUGUGUGCAGCUGCUCUCCGCCUGAUGAAAAUCCCGCUGGUCGUCUACGGCUGUCAGAAUGAACGAUUUGGUGGCUGUGGCUCCGUUCUAAAUGUUGCCUCUGCUGACUUACCAAAUACGGGAAAACCAUUUCAGCGCAUCCCUGGAUAUCUGGCUGAGGAAGCUGUGGAACUGUUAAAGCCCUUCUACAAGCAAGAAAAUCCUAAUGCACCAAAAUCUAAAGUUCGGAAGAAGGAAUUUCAGAAAUCCUGAACUUGUAAUGAAAGACUAAAGCCCCAUAGUGACCUGGAUGGAAUCCCCAGCCUGAAAAGCUGCUGGCAUGGA